GCAGACAUUUUACUUUGAAUACCUAUAGAACUACAUGACUCCAUGUAGACUCAGUUCCCUGCACCAACUCACCAAAGAAGAUUUUACCUUAGAACCAAUAAAUUUACAUUUUGGACCCUAAAUGAUUAUGAGCACACCACAGAAUCUAACCAGUACAGGAAACAUUCUGAUUGGGAAUCCAUACGCCCCUGCACCAGCAAUGAUUAGUCAGACACACGUAGCAGAAGCUGCUGUCUGGGUCCCUGGUGAUGAUAGCAAACGGGCUAGAGAAUUUACAAAUUCUGAUUUUUCAGAAAGUAAACGAAGCAAAAAAGUAGAAAGAAAUGAAAAAGGCUUGAGGCAUUUUUCAAUGAAAGUGUGUGAGAAACUUCAGCAAAAAGGCACAACGUCAUAUAAUGAAGUAGCUGAUGAGUUGGUGUCAGAGCUCACCAAUCCAAAUAACCAUUCGGCAGCUGAUUGGCAGGCUUACGAUGAGAAGAACAUUAGGCGAAGAGUUUAUGAUGCUUUAAAUGUGCUGAUGGCAAUGAACAUAAUUUCAAAGGAUAGAAAAGAAAUCAAGUGGAUUGGCCUACCUAUCAACUGUGUUCAGGAAUAUCAAAACCUGCAGAUAGAGAAGCAGAAGCGGAUAGAACGGAUAAAGCAGAAGCGGGCUGAGCUGCAAGAGCUUCUCCUACACCAAAUUGCUUUCAAAAACCUGGUACAGAGAAAUCGUCUAAAAGAACAGCAGAAUCAGAGACCUCCACCUCUGAACACCACUGUCCAGCUGCCUUUUAAACUCGUCACUGCAGACAAAGAAACAGUCAUAGAUUGCAGCAUCUCCAGCGAUAAGUUUAAAUAUCUCUUUAAUUUCGACAACACCUUUCAGAUCUACGAUGACACAGAAGUACUGAAGCGGAUGGGAAUGUCCUUGGGCCUAGAGACAGGCAACUGCUCUCCAGAAGAUGUGAAACGUGCUAAGUCCCUGGUACCAAGGGCUUUGCAAAGUUAUAUUACGGCCAUCUCCACAGGACCUUCUUGGCUAAAUCAGGGACUACUUCCGACACCUACCCAAUCAGUUUCAAAUUUCGGGUGGACCAAUGGUGCCACCUUACCCCAAACAAGUGUAAACCGAGGGUUUUGCUUGGAUACUGAAGUAGCUUUAGCAAGUGGGCAGUUCCAGGCCCCGAAGAGUCACCAGUCCAGCAGUGCUGCCUCUCACUGCUCUGAGUCCCGAGGUGAGACCCCACUGUCGUCUCAACGACAAAGACGAGGAAAAUGA